AUGUUCGGAUGGUGUGGAUAUGGUAGUUCUCAAGACAACAGAGAGUUCAACGUUGUGAUCUACGAGAAUGAUUACAAAGAACUUUGUGCGUGGGUGCUGAGAAAACCGCACAUUGAAACAGGCGGUGAUCUCUUUGGUUUAUGGGCUAACAAAUACACUGCUGUCAUCCAACUUGUUCUUGGUCCCGGUAAAGGGUGCAGAAGAACUUCAACCUCUUUCUACCAAGAUGUGAACUACUUGGAAAAAGUCGGCACGCAUCUGACACAGAAGGAAGGCAUUUGCCAUAUUGGCGAAUGGCACUCACAUCACCAACUUGGCCUUGCGCGACCAAGCGGGGGAGAUGAAAACACUGUGUGGAACAACAUGCCAACCUACAACCUGACGAGGUUCGUGAUAUUCAUUGCGAACAUAGACCACUUUGGGCAGUCAUACAGCGUCAAUGUUGGUUGCUUUCUGUUUGAGAUCGAUAGCAAUGGAGAACAGCUUCCUGUGCUGCGAGGAAAGUUCAAGAUUCUAAACCAAGAAAGCCCUUUUUUUGGAAAAUCGGAAGUAAUUAAGUUUAAACAAAAAGGAGAAGAAAGCACGAAAGGGGAUGAGUUCAACGUCGGUAUCACGGAUCUAACUCCAACAGAUGGAAAGUUUUCCAUUUACAUAAAACAGAAGAAGAGAGUUGGGCAAGGGAACGCACAUGCGCAGAGUAGUCAACCACAAAAGAAGAAAAAUAGGACCGAUCCGCCUACCACACAACCGACGACUGCACAAAGCCAGGCGGGCAAGGGAAAGGACUCAGAAGCUUCAAGCGUCCCAGGGAAAAAUAACCUUGAAGAUCCAAAAACAAAUGAGGAGGAAGUGGAAAACCAAAAACAACAAGAAGAAAGAAACGAACCACCAGAGCAGGGGGACUUGGAAACCUCUAAUAAAGAGGACAGGAAUAAUCAAAACGGUGCAAAUAAAACAGAUGAGAGCGGAGAAGCGCUCUCAGAAAAUAAAGAAAACUCGGAUAUGCAAGGAGGCAACAUGAAAGGACAAGAAAACUUUCAAGCCCCCGGAAUUGAACUGAAAGAAAACCAGGACCAACAGUCCCAGAUAAACCAAGGAAACAGCAUUGGUAUCAAGGCUGUUGAUCAGGGAAGUGACAAAGCGCAAAAUCAAUGCGAGCAAGUCAGCAAAAAUCAAGAGCAAGAGCAUGAAGGAGGAGGCGGUAAAAUUGAAGAAACAACCCCUGGUACAAGCGUCGACCAUGACAGGGCCAAGAAUCUAGCUUCGAACACUGAGCCAGCAAAUAACUCACCAGCUAUGCCACAGCACAAUCCUGGUGAGAACGAAGGGUCUAAAACCUCUGGAUAUGCAGACAUGGAGAGCAAACAAGAAGAUACCAAAGCCAAUGAAAAUGAAGGAAAAGUACAAAAAGAAGAAGACGAACAGAUGAAAGAAGACGAAGGAGUGGAAAUUCAAGCCCUUAACAUUCAAGAUCAAGUAAACCAGAGUGAUGAUACUAAAGAAGACCCGAAAAAGCUUAAGUCUCCAGCCAUGAAAAGGAAAAAUGCACCGACAACAUCACAAGGCCAUCUGGACGAGGAGGGGGUUUCGCGACCUGACAUAGAGGAAGAAAAAGAAACUCAUAGAGAAACCAAUGGGAAAGAAGUAGCCGCCAAGAACAGUGGAAUAGAGGAAGAAGAAGGCGAAGGAGUACAAAAGAAAGGAAACCCAGAUGCUCACUCAAAAGAACUACAAGGAAACCUCGGCACCAAAACCAAAGACCAUGACAACGGUGAGACGCAGUCUUCAGAGAGAGAGAAACAAGAGAAUAAAACUGAAGUUAAAAACAGCAGCAAUUAUGAAGGAAAACAAUCGAGUGAAAGCCUUGAUAACAAAGGAAAACAGACGCUGGAGAAUACUAAGAAAAGCACCAAACAGGAGAAAAGCCUUGACCCUAAGAAAGGAUCAACUUCUGGCCAAGGGAAAAAAGAAGAAAAGAAAAAGAACCAAACAGGUCCAAAUCCAAACAAAAGUCCUGGUACAAGAGGAAAACCAAUACAGGGGGCGGCAUUACCUCCAGCCGCGUCAUCGGGAAAGAGUACGCCUCCAAAACAAAGUGCUAAAACUAACCCAAAAAAACCUGGAGUAGCAAGAAACGCAAAGUAAACCGCCACCUGAGGACAAAGCAGGCAAUUAAAAGCUUAAGUGCGACAUAUAUUUAGGAAAGUUCCGUUAUCGCAGAAAUUUCAUGUUCUUUUUUCUAGUAUUUGACAUUGACGAAUGUUUCAUCUUAAAAGUUUGUUGCGUUUUCUGGGAAUCCUAUAUGAGAAGCAUUUUGAAUAAAUAGGUAAAUGAAUUUAAUAAUCAAAAACGAAACUUUUAGUUUGAAUUUUAUUCUCUAGUAAUUUGUCCAGCCAUUAAAUUGUUUUCUAAAAUUUAAAAAAAUCUGGAAGGCUGUGUUUGUUUCUAAGUGUCUUGCUGGGAGAAUUUGAUAAGUUAAGACCCCAUCUCUUUUUAUUAAUAUUGCCGGCAACGCAUGAUUUGGGAGUCAGUAUCUGGCAAAAACCCUGAAAGACAUUUAAUGGUAGAACGGAUAGGCCAUGCAUCAAAAGGGCUCAUCACGUAAUACAGCGUAUAACCCUCUCAAAAACCUAUUUCAAAAGCGUAAAGUGUUUGUAGUUUGGUAGCUAAUACGAAAUUACAAUAUUAGAAGUGGUCAGCUUUGUAGACCUGACCGACCGAGGACACGCACUUGCUGUGGCGACUAUGAAACCUUCAACUAUGCCACAAACUAUUCACCUCAACGGCAUCCUUAACAGGUACUACAUCUGAUGCUAUCGCAACCGUCUCAUUCCCCUCUCCGGAAAAAAAAAACUGAGUAUAUGAUCUUAAACGUGGUUGCUUCUUUGGCCGUUGCAGGCAACUAAAGUGACCUUGUUAGUCAAGUCUAUAUUCGUCUAUUCAACUAGAUGUCUGGGUGUCGAACUGGACUGUAAACUUAAUUGGAAUAUUCAUGUUACCGAUCUGAUAAAAGUCAUUCACACAAAAACUGAAUCUUUUGAGAUCUUAACACUUUUUACCUUCCAAAGUCAACGCUGAUUUUUAUUCCAACAUCGUUUUGCCUUCUCUUAUUUAUGCCUUAGUCGUGUGGCGAUCUUGCGAAAAAAACCUUCUUUUAGAAGCUGGAAAAAAUCCAUGUUCGGGCUGCUAAAAUUUCUAUUUUUGGUUGAGACUGGUACACUUCGAGCGACAAGGUGCUAGAUCAUGCGAACUGGUUUUCAUCAAAUAACCUAUAUGAUCUAAUCUUCUUAUUAUUAGCCUAUAAAUGUUUUCACCAAUCCGGCCACCGAAACUAUCCAGAAUUUUUUUAAAAAGUACAAUAUUUAUUGCAGUUAUAAUUUACGAAGAAAGCUUACGUUUGAGAUAGCUUUUCCCAAGACAGAGCUACUUCGCAAGUCCAGCUUCUGCAAAGCACUAACAUUGUGGAACUCUCUGCAGAGUCACACAAGGGAAGUAUAAAGUUUUGACUCUUUUAAAAGGACAUUGAAAAGUCGGCUUUCUAAGUAAAUAGUUUUAGGCUUUGAAUUUUGUUGUAAACAGUUUUUUUCUGACUGUUUUAAUGAUUUCGACAUAUCAAACGGAGGUGAAAUAAACGAUCUUGUACCUAAGAUUUAGAGGUUCCAUUGCAAUCAAAUGAUAAAUUGACGAUGAAGGAUGAAGUUGUAAACUUGACAGAGUAGGAACUGUGGGAACACUCCAUAACGAAUAUUAAUAAUUAACUUGUGUUUCAGUAUAAACGGAGAUUACAGAUAUCCAACAAAGGUCGAAAAUCAUUGACUAACAACCGGCAAAGGGAAAGUGAACAUGAUCAUCGCAGUAGAAUGAGCAAACCUAAGCUGUUAAAAAAGAAGCUGAAAAAAUUCAGGCUUGACUGGGAAUCGCCCCCUGACCUUGGCAAUGACCAGACGCAAUGCUCUCUCUCGUUACUGAAAUUUUUACUGACAACCCGCCCACAACCCCCAUUUCAGAACCUGACUAAUCACUUUUAGUAAAAUCCAACCAGUGGUCUAUUAUCAAUGCUACGUUCUGAUUGGUUGAGCUACUACUAGGCUAUAUGUUAUAACCUACUAGUAGCGAAAAGCGCACGCUUUUUGGCGGCAAAAAGGAUUGAAGUCUAGCUUUAACUAGCUAAAAUUUUUUUUAUUCACGAUAUUUUUGACCAAUUAGUUAGAUUUUACUAAAACAAUUAUUCCUCUCGCCCUCAUGGCCUCUGAGUCAAUAGCCCAUUCGGCCUUCGGCCUCAUGGGCUAUUGACUCAGAGCCCAUUCGGGCUCGAGGAAUGAUUGUUGAAUAGCGGAGCUCACGCGCAAAGCGCGCGUAGCGGAGCACCAUGGGUAAGAAAAUUUGGUUAUCUAUGUAUCCGAGAUAUUUUGGUAGUGACUUUAGUCAAGUGACCGUCCGUCCGCACUACAGGUAAAACCAACGUAAAAUAGCUCAAUCAACAGGUAAGGCAACCCAAAUGCAACUCGAGAGCUUUCUGGCGGGAAAUCGCAUGGCGUCUUGUGAAGCAGAGACAACAAAAUAAUCACUAAUAAAGACAACAUUGGAAGCAGAAAUUGUUUCUUUAUCCGUGUUUUCUAAACUGUUAAAAGCUUAGAAUUAUUGUCAUGUCCGCAAAUUUGGAAUAUAGAGAAAGAGAAAGACAGAAAAAAAGAGCAAAUAAGCAAAGUUCAGCGAGAAAAAGAGCUACAGAUAGCUAGAGCGAGUGAUAAAAAAACAAAGGAGAGGAAUUUCGUUGGAAGAACAACAUUAAAAUUUUACACCGGCGGAAAAUUAGAAAUUCUAGCGGCCAGCAAGAUGAAAAUAAGCGGCAGCAGGAACCGAUUAGCUGGCGGUACUGGAAAAAUAAGCGAAAAGGAAUUCAAGCAACAAUUGAGCACAUACGACACUUUCUCCAUAAAAACUGUAACUAGAAGGGUUUCUCAAAUUGUUCAAAAAAAGUGUGCUGCACGUGCAAAGUA